AUGCAAAUUAGCUCUUUUAUCAACUUACGCGCUUCUCUAUGUUUCAGAUCCACACAUCUGUUUUUACUUACGACUGGCCGUUUCGUUGUUUUUGUCGCAGAUCACAAUUCAAUCAAAGAUGAGUUCAAAUUGACGACUUUUCUCCUUUCCCACCAUUUCUGUGUAUCGAAGAUGCCAUCUUCUCCUGAAGAUGAGGAAGUCGUAGAGAUACCUCGAGGAGCUUAUGUUCCUCGUUCCAAGUUCAUCCAUGAGGUUAAAGAAUCUAAAGCUUCAACCAAGAUAGUCAGUAGCGUUCUUCAGUCAAUUUUAUUCGAAAUUAACAAGACUCGGUUUCGAGUGAAACACAAACGAUCUCCAGUAUUGAGUCUUGAACUGAAAGAUCGUGACAAAGAACUGCUUAAGAAACACUCAAAUCGAAGUAUAUUGAUUCAAAAACAAUUAACUGAUCAAUUGUCCUCAGCCUUACCGUCCCUGCAGACAUCAUUGACACCAUCAAAAUCUUCUCCAGCCUUAUGUUAUAACUCUCAUUCCAAGAAAACAACCUUAUUCACAUUAGAUGACACUAUCCUUCUCCAAAUAGCUUCCUGUCUGGAUGGGAAAAGUGUGCAUAUGCUAUCUCAAACCUGUAAGAAGUUCCAAACGUUACUCACCGAGAAUAAUCACAAACUAUCAAAACGCUUGGCAACGGCUUACGAAAUCGUUUUAUGUUUUAAUAAUUUUAAAAAAUGCGUAGAUGUGAGAGCUCUGAAAGUCGGACGCAGUUUGAGAAGUCUAUCCUUCGAGGGAUUCUCAAUCGGUCAGGUUAUUCCAAAAUUAAUUAAUUGUAUCGGCAAAGUAACAUUCGGUGCCGGUGUGACAGUCUCCAGAUGGGCUGAAGAAGUGUUACGAUUGUAUAGGAAAGGAAAUCUCACACCGAUUUCGUUAAUAUUCACGGGUGGAAAUCUCAGUAAAGGAAGUCAUAUCGCUGGAGCAGACUUGCGAGGGUUCACAGAAUCAGCGUUCAUAGCGUUUGUUAAAAACUUUACUCCACAUCUUCAAGAAGUUCAACUUUCAACAGCCAAAUUAUUCCGUCCGUGUACUAAUACAGCCGGCUUACUUUCACUCAUUUCUCACUUAACCAGUUUCGGAAUAACUUACGAACGACCCGGUUUAAGGUAUUACUUCGAGGAUGUCAGGAGGGUCAUAGCGAAUUGGCGGUAUGAUCCUCUGUCGCGUAACAGCUGCAUGUAUAUGCGUUAUCCUCGAGGAUCACAACCGAAGUUGUGGGAAGACUGUGGUGGUACAAUUGUAUUAUUCGAAGAGAAGAUAGAACGGGUAGCUAUUUCUCAUGGUUUCCUUGAAGGAGAACAUUUUGAGUUUUCGUUUCUCUUCUAG